UUCUCUGUCUCAUUUUCUUUAUGAGAAUUCCUAAUUCUCAGCAAUUUAAGAAUUUAUCUUAAAGAUUGUUUCUAAAUAUUGUGUUUCUUAGAAGUAGAGAAAAAAGAAGAUGUGUUUCAGUUUAAUUCUUUCCCACUAAUCAGCCUCCCUUGGAGAACCUGGCAAUGGCGGAAAAAUCGGUAAUACGAGAUAAAGCCAUCGAUUCACUGCGAGCCAUCUCCCACGAGCACUCUCCUGCAGACCUAGAAGUCCACUUUGUGCCACUGGUGAAGCGCCUGACUUGUGGUGACUGGUUCACGUACAGGACUUCGGCAUGCAGCCUUUUCAGUGUCUGCUACCCUCGGGUAUCCAGCUCUGUAAAGGCCGAGCUGCGUCAACUUUUCCACAGCUUGUGCUCAGAUGACACACCAGUGGUCCGCCAGGUAGCAGCAUCAAAGUUGGGUGAAUUUGCAAAGGUUCUGGAGCUGGAGUUUUUGAAAAGUGACAUUAUACCCCUCUUCACUUCCCUGGCUUCUGAUGAGCAGGAUUCGGUGAGGCUGUUGGCAGUUGAGGCUUGUGUGAGCAUAGCCCAGCUGCUGCCCCAGGAAGACCUGGAAGCGUUGGUGAUGCCGACCCUCCGGCAGGCAGUGGACGAUAAAUCCUGGCGUGUUCGCUAUGUGGUGGCAGACAAAUUUUCUGAACUUCAGAAAACCGUGGGUCCUGAAAUUGCGGAAAAUGAUCUGGUUCCUGCUUUCCAAAACCUGUUGAAAGAUUGUGAGGCUGAAGUGCGAGCAGCUGGGGCCAACAAAGUUAAAGAUUUCUGUGAAAACUUGCCAGUAGAUUGCAGGGAGAAUGUCAUAAUAAGUCACAUCUUGCCGUAUGUUAAGGAACUUGUGUCUGACACCAAUCAACACGUGAAGUCAGCUCUGGCCUCUGUUAUUAUGGGCUUGUCCACCAUCCUGGGCAAGGACAGCACUGUUGAGCACCUGCUUCCCCUGUUCUUGGCUCAGCUCAAAGAUAAGUGCCCUGAGGUCCGUUUGAACAUUAUCUCCAAUCUGGACUGCGUGAAUGAAGUUAUUGGAAUUCACCAGUUAUCACAGUCUCUCCUGCCAGCCAUUGCAGAAUUAGCAGAAGAUGCCAAAUGGAGAGUGCGCCUUGCGAUAAUCGAGUACAUGCCUCUGCUUGCAGGGCUGCUGGGAGUGGAGUUUUUUGAUGAGAAGUUGAACUCCUUGUGCAUGACGUGGCUGGUGGAUCACGUGUACGCCAUUCGCGAGGCCGCGACCAACAACUUGACCAAGUUGGUGGAGAAGUUUGGCAAAGACUGGGCAGAAUCCACCAUUGUGCCGAAAGUACUUGCCAUGGCCAGUGACCCCAACUACCAUCACAGAAUGACCACCCUCUUCUGCAUUAACGUGUUGUCUGAAGCCUGUGGCCAAGAAAUCACAGCAAAGCACAUGCUACCGACGGUUCUCCAGAUGGCAGGCGAUCAGGUGCCAAACGUUCGCUUCAACGUGGCUAAAUCAUUGCAGAAAAUAGGACCGGUUUUAGAUGCCAGCACUUUACAGAACAAGUUCAAACCAAUACUGGAGAAAUUGGGUCAGGACCAAGAUAUGGACGUAAAGUACUUUGCGCAGGAAGCCAUGACUGUGCUUGCCUUAUCGUAGAAAGGAGUGUAGAAAUGGCUCUCCAGACUUGCAACGAGAUCUGCCGCUGACAUCUUUGAAAACCUUCUUCCACUCUCUCUUUGUACCGUAUCGGAAAAAGGAAAGUUACGUCACAUCCGGAGUUUCUCCAGUUUGCGGACGAUUUCCCUCCACGCCUCUCUAACAUAGUGGGGAACCGCGUACGAAGCAAGUUACAGCAAUGGUUUGCCAUUGCCUUCUGCCGGGUGAGUUUACAAAGAGAUCACCAGCUCGUAACCCAGCAUGGAUGGAAAGCGUGCAGGGGAGCCGGCUGGAUUCAAAUUCGGGGUGACGCCACUACAACACCAGCUGGGUCAGCCUA